AUGAAGAACGCAGACGACGAGGUGGAUGGCACGGAAGAUGCGCGCCAGAACAAGGAGGAGGAGAAGAAGAAGGCGACGACGACGAAGAGCGAGGAUGAUGCGAAGGAGAAGAGGAAAGGCAAGAAGAGGAAGAGGGCGGAGGGCCAGGAGGAAACAGACGGAGAAGCAGCCGACGCUGAUGAAGCGGGCAAGAAGACGAAGAAGACGAAGAAGCCGAAGCGGAGGAAGACGAGCGACGAAGGCACCACACCUCCGCCGAGCGAGCAACCGAAAGAAGAAGAGGCGAAAAAGAAGAAAACGAAGACGAAGAACAAGAAGAAGGAGAAGCUGUAG